CGACUGGAAUUUCACUUUAUAUUAUUAAAUGUUCUUAAUUAACAGAAUAUUUGGAAAACUUAUAUAUGUCUUAUUCUUUUGCUUUAUACAGUACUCUCGAUGUCAAACAAAACUAUAUUGUAGUCCGGGAUUCUGUAAUAAUUCGAAGCAACACGUAAUGUGUAAAUUUCAGUCUGCCGGACCUGCAAGCAACUGUAUAAAUUACGAGAAACUAUUGAGUACCGAAAAAGAAAAACAAAAUGUUUUGGACAGAAUCAAUAGUAGAAGAAAUAAAGUUUCUUCGGGUGAGAUACGUUCGUUGCCCCCGGCGGAGAAUAUGCUGAAAUUGGAAUGGAGUGAAGACUUAGAAAUAAUAGCGCAGCGGUGGGCGGACCAAUGUUCUAACAAUAUCUCAGUUGUAACAGAAUGGUGUCAUGACUUGGAAAGCACGUCCGUGGGUCACAACAUAGGUGCUAUCUAUGGAGACGCACCAGGACUUACAGCUCCUACACUUGUGGAUUUGUGGUACAUGGAAUUAUUAAACAUGAAUGCCUCUUAUCUGUCUCGAUACAAACCAUCGUCAAUGUCUUCUGUGCAGCACUACGACUAUUUUACUCAGUUAAUAUGGGCUGAAUCUUCGCAGGUUGGUUGCGGAGGUGUUAAAUAUAAGGAAUUAAACAUGGAAUCAUAUGAGCACCGCAACAUGACGAUUUAUAAAUUAAUAUGUAACUUUGCACCGAGUGGUAACAUUAUAGGACAAGCUGUUUACACUGAGGGUAUACCUUGCUCCCGAUGUCCUCAUUCGGGUCAUUGCGAUUCAGAAUACAAAUAUUUAUGCACUUCAUUAUCGCAAAAAGCCGAAACUGAACUUAAUGAUGAGUUCCAUUCAACUGAAGAAUAUAUAAUAAACGACAUAGCUAAUACUACUGAAGUCCAGAAAACUAUAGUUAAUGAACAUACAAAAUUAAAUGACAAAAAUAUUGUAACACAAGCUGUGAUCAACGAUGAAGAUACUAGUUUUGAUUUCUUAUCUCAUUUAUUUGAUAUAACAUCGACACAUCCAUCGAAUUUGAACCAAACUACGCUUUCAUGCAAGAAUAUCAUGGCAGUUGACGAGUUUAUAGAGUUGUUGAAAAACAAGUUAAACAAUGAUCAAUCAUUAAAGGAUAUAUUAUUAUCAUCUACGAAAGCGUUGACGCCAAAUCCUAGUUUGACCGACAGAACUGUGGCUGCCAUUGUUAAUCAACUUUAUAGCAAAAAAGAAACGACUACAGUUAGUAAAUCAACAUACGAAGAGAAUAUAAACUCAACUCUACUUGCUGAGUUAGUAGAGGCUGUUAUCUUCAGACACAGUGAUACAUUUUCGAGUACGGAAGAUAUAAGUCUACAAUCGCAAACUUCUCCAAAUGUUAAUUUUUUUCCCCAGAAUGAAAAUAACCCCAUUAAAAUACAAGCCGAGCUUGGUGAAAUCCAGGCUAACACUGAUUUUACUGGUCAUUAUUUUUUCCCAGAAGAAGACGAAAAAAUAGAACCCGAAACCACUGUAAUUUAUGAUGAUUUAGAGAGCUUACGUAUUUCAGAAGUAUCUUUAGAAAUAGAUGACUUAAAAAAAAAUAGAGAAACAAAAGACUUUUUGGAAGAAAUUCUUGAAUCGGACUUUAUGACUGAAAGUGUGAUGGGGGAUCAGCUAGUUCUUAAUAAUCGAAACGGUAAACUUAUGGUUUGAUAAAUUAACGAUGUGUUAAUAAUACAGUGUAAUCUUUAAAUUAGUUUCAGUGAUCUAUGUUACCAAAGCGGAGGAAAAUCCCGAAAAUUAUAAUUCGAGGAAGAAUGCAUAU